AUGGACUCGACGCCCACUCGACCGCCUCAUACGCCCGGACGCGCUCUCACUCACGAGACUCAUCCGCCAACUGAUCCACUCGUGACGGUUCACAAGCAAUCGGUUCACACACUUGUGUUCCGGUCGCUGAAGAGGACGCACGACCUGUUCAUCAGUGACCACAACGAGAUGCCACCCGUCGACCAGAAGGCGCACGACUUCCUCAUGUCUGUCAAAGCCAGAGAUCAAUACAAACCGAUUCUUCAUUUGGUGCCCAAAGCGGACAUCAAUAAAACGCUGAAUACUAAACACAAAGACGUCGGCAAAGACAAGACCGAUAAGUCUGACACCAUUUCCAACACAUCCAACCAAUCGGUGGUUCCAUUCAAUGAUAAUUAUUCAGGAAAAGCGGUUCCCAAUACGACGAGUGGUGGCAAUAAUAACAACGUAAUGGUGUUGUCUUCGGGCACAACAAUAGUGCAGCGAAAGCCACAACAGAUGCCGAAACCCGAUUGGCACCCGCCCUGGAAAUUGGCCCGAGUUUUGUCCGGACAUAUCGGUUGGGUUCGGUGUCUAACUGUCGAACCGGGCAAUGAGUGGUUCGCCAGCGGUUCCAACGACAGGAUCAUCAAGAUUUGGGACUUGGCUUCAGGCAAAUUGAAACUCUCACUCACCGGUCAUAUAUCGGGUGUGAGAGGGCUGGCGGUGAGCGCUCGACAGCCGUAUCUGUUCUCUUGUGGCGAAGACAAGAUGGUUAAGUGUUGGGACUUGGAGUACAACAAAGUGAUCCGCCACUACCAUGGUCAUCUGUCCGGCGUCUACACCAUAGCACUCCACCCAACCAUCGAUAUCUUAGUGACGGCCGGCAGGGACUCCGUGGCCAGAGUUUGGGACAUGAGAACCAAAGCGCAGAUCCACGCACUCGGCGGUCACUCCAAUACCAUUUCGUCGGUGUUAUGCCAGUCGACAGACCCUCAGGUGAUCACCGGAUCGCACGACACGACCAUCAAGUUGUGGGACAUCGUUGCGGCCAAAACACGGACCACUUUAACGCACCACAAGAAGAGUGUGCGCUCUCUUGUCAUUCACCCGAAGCUCAAUGUCUUCGCUUCGGGUUCUUUCGCGAACCUAAAGCAGUGGUGUUUUCCCGACGGAAAGUUCAUUCAGAACCUGAGCGGACACAACGCUAUUGUCAACUCAUUGGCCGUCAAUUCGGACGGUGUAUUGGUUUCGGGCGCAGACAACGGGUCAAUGUUUUUCUGGGACUGGAGGACCGGCUAUAACUUCCAGCGACUCCAAGCGGCCGCACAGCCCGGUUCUAUCGAGUCCGAGAACGGCAUCUUUGCCAUGACUUUCGAUCACAGCUCCUCCCGACUCAUCACCGGAGAGGCCGACAAAACCAUUAAGAUAUACAAAGAGGACGACACCGCCGACGAAGACUCCCAUCCAAUCAAUUGGAAACCAGAUAUUCUUAAACGCAAACGUUAUUAA